AUUGCGUUUGGACAUUCAAAAUCUUUAAACCGUGGGCGGAUCGAGAGGACGCCACAUCGUAUAGUUGCGGUUUGUACUCUUGUAAUGCAGCAGUUAAACAAUAUUCUUCAAAAAAAUUAUUGAAACUGAUAAUAAUAGUGAAAGCGUCAAAUGGUGUGAACAGUGAUAAUAAUUUGUAGUCAUAUUUAUAAUGCCUAUAUUAUUCAGUGUGAUAGCGUGUGAUAAACGAGUCGUUUCGAAAUUCGCAACCUGCGAUGGUAACUUCGUGGAGAUAUCCGAACGAAUGGUCUCAAAAAUACCGGUACAUGAUCACAAGAUGACGUACCUUCACGGAAAAUAUUUGAUUCACUAUGUUGUUCACAAGAAAAAUAUAUUUCUUUGUAUUACAGAAAAGAGCUGUCAGAGAUCAAGGGCAUUUUUAUUCUUAAAUCAAAUCCAGAGACGAUUUGCUGAAUACGUAAAAAAUUUCGAACAUAUACUGGCAGAGGAAAUGUACCGAUACAAUGAAGAUUACAGUACUAUAGUUAUAAGAAAUGGCGAACUGGAUGAAUUGAACAGGAUCAGCGUUGAAAGGAGUGAAACAAUUCUCGGCGAGAAAAUGCUUUUAGUUGAUAGCAUCGAUAGUUUAUCGUACAGUACGAUUUCGUACGUGGGUAGAGCUCCAGAACAAAUAUCUAUAUCUGUACAAGAUAAACAACGUUUCAAUUUUAUUUUCAUAGGAAUAUUUAUGAUUAUUGUGGGAUCUUCUGUUUACGUUUUCGGGCCGAUAUCUUGUGUCACGGCCACAGUAAUUAUAGUAUUUACAUUCAUUAGAUCACUAUACGUAUCCAAAAAUAAAACUCAUUCGAAUUAAGGAGAAAUUGACGACAUUAAGAUAAUUUACUUUCGCGGUCUCAUUGAGUUGUUUUCGUUCCGAAACGUAUGCUUGAAUUUAUUUAGUAAAAUUAAAUAAAUAAUCUUCUAUAUAACAUUCAGUUAUGAACUUCGUAUGUAAUUUCGUUUUGAUUCCUUUUUACAAAUAGAUAUUUACGUCAAUAAGCGGCAGGGUGUAUUUUUAAAGUUGUUUUUGUAAAUAAAAUAUGUCAUAUGUUUUGUGUCAUGUUUCAUAAUUUCAUAUUCUGUAACGGUUACACGUUAUACAUAUAUAUUUAUUGUAUGGAUGUAUUUUCUUUAAUAAUGUGUUGUUAAUAGUACACCGCAAUAUAUCUGCUGUGCAGAAUUUCGGGUAAUUAAACGGUUGUCUGGAGGAGAUUGCUUUUAGCGAUAAGACCGCCUAUUGUACCAACUCAUCUGCUUCUUGACUGUUUUCUGAUGUAAAAUUGUGUUUUGGUGUGCAAUAAAGUAUGUUCUCUCUCUCUCUCUCUCCCUCUAACGUUUUUAUUUUAUUAAUUGUCUUUGUUGGUUAGACGAGCAUACCGCCCACCUGAUGGUGAGUGGAUACUGUCACUCAUGGACGUCAGCGAUGCCAGAGAUACAGCCAAAGCGCUGACUACCAUUCAGUACUCUGCGCAAACUUCGUUUGAAGAAAGUCAUAUCGUAGCGCUCAGGAAAGAGAUAGAUGAUACGUGGCAGAAAAAAUGGAAACGCUGGAAACUCACUAUGGACGAAUGCACAAAUUCAUCGCAAUUAAAUGUAUCGUUGAGGCGAAAUUUUAAAUAAAAAAAUUGUAUUUAGAUUUCGAUACACAUAACAUUUUUUCCUCAUUUGAUUAUAAUAUAAUUAUGUAGAAUAGGGAUCGCAGCGCAUAAAAUAAAAUUUCCACUGUUCCAAAAUCUUCUGUUAUAACAAUAAUUAAUACUUUUAUUAAGUCUUGCUCAUUUUUAAACCGUCUUCGCCAUCUUCCAAUUCUCUGUAAUUCUGUCUGUCAUUCUCUUCUCCCUUUCUUUCCGUUUUCUCUCUUCACAUCUUAACGCUCCGUUCCACACUCUUUUCAUACGUUCCGUUCUUACCAAUCCUACAAUUAUUAUAUGUCCAAUUCUUUCGAUUUAUAUGAUUUUUAAUCUGUAUUAAAUGUAUAGAUAAAGAUAAAGCAUUUAAGUAUCA